AUGAAAAGCUAUAGAUACGAUGUGUUCAUCAGUUUCAGAGGCAUUGACACUCGCAACACUUUUGUGGAUCAUCUCUAUUCUCAUCUCAUUAGAAAAGGCAUUUUUGCCUUCAAAGAUGACCAAAGGCUCCAAAAAGGAGAACUCAUUUCACCACAGCUUGAACAAGCAAUUCGAGACUCUCGAGUCUCUGUAAUUGUGUUCUCUCAACAUUAUGCUUCCUCAUCGUGGUGCUUGGAUGAAAUGGCUGCUAUUGCUCAUUGCCAUCAACAAUUCAAACAAACCGUUUUCCCUGUUUUCUAUGACGUGGAUCUAUCUCACGUACGAAAACAGAAUGGAGUGUACGAGGAUGCCUUUGCUUUACACACUCUGAAAUUCAAACAAGAUCCGGAUAAGGUUGAUCGAUGGAAGAGAGCUAUGACGAAUUUGGGUAAUUCGGUUGGUUGGGAUGUGAGAGAUAAGCCAGAGUUUAAAGAGAUUGAUAAUAUUGCUAAAGCAAUAAUUAGAGCAUUGGGUCAUAAAUUCUCAGGGUUUGCUGAUGACCUUGUUGGAAUACAACCUCGUGUAAAAACAUUGGAAAACCUUUUGAAACUAACCUCAAAGGACGAUGGUAUUCAAGUGUUAGGAAUAUGGGGAAUGAACGGAAUAGGAAAGACGACUCAUGCUACUGUCUUAUAUAAUAGAAUCUCUCAUCAAUUUAAUGCUUGUUGCUUUAUUGAGAACGUAAGCAAAAUUUAUAAAGAUGGAGAUGCUGUUGCUGUACAAAGACAAAUUCUUCGUCAAACUCUAGACGAAAAAAAUCUAGACGCAUACGGUCCUUUAGAAAUAUGUGGAAUUAUAAGAAAUAGACUACAUCACAUAAAGGUGCUUAUAGUUCUUGAUAAUGUUGAGGACGUACAUCAACUUGAGAAAUUAGCUAUAAAUCCUAAAUUGUUACAUACUGAAAGUAGAAUGAUCAUUACUACAAGGGAUAAGCAUAUUUUGAAAGUGUACGGAGCUCAAGCAAUAUAUGAAGUUCCACUAUUAAGUGAGAAAGAUGCUCGUGAAUUGUUCUGUGAAAAAGCCUUCAAAAGUCCCCCAAGUAGCAGCUGUAUGGAGAUGAUUCCAGAAAUAUUAACAUAUGCUCAAUCUCUUCCAUUAGCAUUAAAAGUAUUGGGUUCUUUCUUGUGUACUCGUGAUGCUGACCAAUGGAGAGGUGCCUUGAAUAGAUUGAAAGAAAAUCCAGAUGACAGAAUUAUGGAGGUGCUUAAAAUAAGUUUUGACGGAUUAAGUCGUAAGGAAAAAGAUAUAUUUUUACACAUUGCUUGUUUCUUUAAAGGGGAGAGGAAAGAUUAUGUAAAACGAAUUCUAGAUAGCUGUGGAUUAUUAUAUAAUAUUGGAAUUUUAAUUAUGGUUGAGAAAUCAAUGAUAACCAUUAAAAAUGAAGAAAUUCAUAUGCAUCAAAUGUUACAAGAACUCGGGAAGAAAAUUGUUGAUGAUCAAUGUGUGGACAAUCCAGCAGAGCGGAGUAGAUUGUGGCGUUACAUGGAUCUCGAUGAUGUUUUUGAGAGAAACACGGAAAGAAACAAAGUUGAGGCUAUAGUUUUACAUCAAGAAGAAAAUGUGUCCAUGUGGGACGCGGAAGGAUUGUCGAAAAUGAAGAAUCUAAAACUUCUGAUAUUAUAUGAUAAUAGAUUUGGUGGAACUCUGAAUUUUCUUUCAAAGAGACUGCAUUAUCUAUUUUGGCAUGGAUACCCCUUUGCUUCACUGCCAUCAACUUUUAAUCCCUUCUGUCUUGUGGAAUUAAACAUGCCUGACAGUGCCAUUGAACGACUGUGGGAAGGCCCUAAGAAUAUGCCACUUCUGAAAAGGGUGGAUUUGAGCAACUCCAAGUGUCUUAUUGAGACACCAAAUUUUGAAGGAAGCCUUAACAUUAAGCGGCUAGAUCUUACUGGUUGCACAAAGCUCUCACGACUCCAUCAAUCAAUUGGACUUCUUGGAAACCUCACCUUCUUGAGUUUGCGAAACUGUACCAAUCUGACUAGCCUAGAUUUUGGUGAUGAUAGAGUAUCUAAUUUAGGGUCUUUGAGAGUCCUACAUCUCUCUGGUUGCACAAAACUUGAAAGCACUCCAAAUUUUAAGGUGGCCUCAAAGCUUGAGUACCUUAACAUGGAUGGAUGUACAAGUUUAUCCACUGUUCAUGUAUCUAUUGGGGCUCUUACAAGACUUAGAUUCUUGAGUUUGAGAGAGUGCACAAAACUUAAGUGUGUACCCAGCGAAAUUAAUACCAUGGUAUUUCUUACAACUCUAGAUUUGUUUGGCUGCUCAGAUCUUAUGACAUUCAACUUGAAACAAGAAAGAGAUGCUGAACUAACCAAUAAGGCCCAGAUUCUUCCCCCCAGAUCCAAGACUCGCAACUCUUCUUCCCAUAUGAAAGCUUUGAUUUUUCUGGACUUGAGCUUUUGCAAUCUAAUGAAAUUUCCCGAUGCCAUUGGAGAGUUAAUGUGUUUGGAAAGACUAAAUCUACAAGGAAACAAAUUUUGUUCAAUACCUAAUACCAUAAGCAAGCUAUCAUGUCUAGCAUAUUUAAACUUAGCACAUUGCCGUCUUCUAGAAUAUCUUCCUGUGUUGCCAACAAAAAGCGCUUCAUCAGUGGGAAGGUAUUUCCUAACUGCAUCAGGAUCUCGUGAUCAUAGGUCAGGAUUCUAUGUUUUUGACUGCUUGACUGUGUUUCAUUCCACGUUCAAAAGAUAUCAACUUCCUUGGCUGAGAAGACUACUUAAGGAACCCCGUCAUUUUCGGUGUGGCUUUGACAUUAUUUCACGUUGUGUUGAUACUAAAUUUGGUAAGAUUCCACCGUGGUUCAAUCAUAGAUUUGGAGGGGAUUCAAUCAUAAGGAUAGGGCACUGUAACGAGGAUGACGAUUGGAUUGGAUUUGCCUUUUGUGUGGCAUUUCAAAAAAACAAUCGUUCUACUAGUUCUUCACAUCAUUCCACAUCCUUCCCAUUGCCACAUCCCUUUUAUCUGUCUUUUGAAAGUGAAUGCACAGAAGAGCGCUUUGAUAUGCCACUUAAUUUAGAAUUGGCUAAGAUCAAUGGCUCAGAACAUCUUUGGAUAAUCUUUAUCUCUAGGAAGCACUGUCAUUUUGUAAAAACAGAAGCACUUAUCACAUUUAAAGCCUGUCCAGGUUUAGUGGUGAAAGAGUGGGGGUUACGGAGGGUAGUGAAGAAAGAUAUAGAGAAGAAUGAAGAUGUAGAGGAGAAUGAAAUGAGGCAAGAGAUACAUGAAGGACGAUGCUCUUCAUCAUCCCUUCCAGUACUUAUCAUUGGUAAUGUAAAAAAAGAUAGCAGCUUUGGACCCAAAAUCCAGCUCCCCUACAAUUGGUUGGUUACUGAGGAAGAUGAAAUUGAGAAUUUUGAAGCCAAGGCAAAAGAAAAUACUCUCUCUAUUAUGGGCCUUGAGAUAGGCCAAUCACAGUGA